UAAAAAAUGAUAUGUAGAGCUAUAAAUUAUUAAAUAAAUAAGAAAAAUGCAUAAACGUGUUAAGAAAUGUUUUCAGUGCUACUGACAGAUAGUGAAAAUAUGAUUGUGUGACAAAUAUAUGCCCGAAAAAGUGUUGUAAAUUUGUUCUCUUAGAAGAACUCAACUUUUAUGAAGAACGGAAGAAAUUAAAGAAAAAAAAAUAUAUAUAUAUACUUAUAUGCAGUGUAGUAGUUUUCUUAAAAUUACACAUCGAUUAAUUAUAAUUUAAUUCAUACAGAGAGAAACAGUAAAAUACAAAUAAUAUAUUAGUUGCACAAUUUGGCUUUUUAUGUAAACCGUUUCAGCUGUAAGUAAUAACUCGCAGCAGCACCAGCAGCAGCACGUAUGCAAACAAAAUCUAGUGUUAUGAUAACAGAGAAUACAUAGAAUUUUACCGCGGACUGAAUUGUAAUUCAGUUAACAAAAAUUAUACUGUUUAAGUCGAAUGAGCAUUUUAUUGCCAGAUAUGUAAUUUGUUUUUCUAAUUAUGCCUAAUCUAACUAUUCACAUAUUCACAAUAGAAAUAAAUAAAGCAAUUUCUCAACACCUAUCGCUUAAAUAUAUAAAAUUCAUAUAUAAUUGCGCUUAGAGAAGAUAAAUAAGAACGAAAAUGUCGGAGGAUUCACCUGAUUGUAGUGAAGAUAUUGAUCCCCGUCCAUCGUGCAGUAAUGGUCGGGCGCACGAUCGUACGGAUCAACAGAAAAAACGUCGCAUUGUGAUGCGCAUUGAAUUUGAUGACUCAGAUGAAGAUUCCUCGUCAUCACUGGAUCGCACUAGUGAUGACGAAGAGGUCAGCACACGUAAUGACGCUGUUCUUCCAUUAACUUCAAAAACACGCAAUAACCGGCGUAAGAAUACGAUUAAUGGAGAGGCCUAUAAUCGUCGGCAGUAUAAUGCAACAAAUCGUCGAUUGCGCUCACGACGCCUUAACGAUUUUAACGGUAUCAUUUCAGAUGAUUCUUCAAGUGGCAGUGAGAUUACAAUGAAUAAAUCGUCGAAAAAGAAGAAUAUUUUGGAAUCGGAAAAUGAAUAUGAUGAAAAAUCUGAACUAAAUAAAGACGCAAUCGCUGCUGCGGCAUUAGAGGAAAAGGCUCAAGUUGAAAAUGGUUUCACAUCGGAUAGCAGUAGUAAUGAUUUAUUAGAAAAAUGUCCGAUUUGUCUAUUAACUUUUCGUCAGCAAGAAAUCGGUUCGCCGUCAACAUGUCAGCAUAUUUUUUGUGCCAAUUGCAUUGAAGCUUGGUCGAAGAAUGUGCAAACAUGUCCGAUAGAUCGUAUCGAAUUUCAAAGGAUUAUCGUGCGUGAAUCAUAUGAAAAUCGUCGAAUAUUACGCGAAAUAAAUGUUGAUCCUAAUUUACUUAAUAAAAAAUCGGUAGAUAAUAUUGAUUUAGAAUCUGAAGAUGAUGUAACAAAUUGUGAGAUAUGUAAUAGAUCGGAUCGGGAAGAUGUGAUGUUGUUGUGCGAUCAUUGCAAUCAAGGCUAUCAUAUGGAUUGUUUAACACCAUCGCUGGUGGAAGUACCAGAAGGAUCAUGGUAUUGUGAUAAUUGCGUUGAUUCACAAGAUGAAGAUGAAGAUGAUAAUGUGGAAGCGGAAUUGAAUAUGUUAUAUGAAGAUAUUAGGGAUAUGGGUAUCCCGGAUAGUCUUUUACAUGUACGCGAAGUACAUCAACCAAGAAUUUUACGUACGCGUCAAAAUGAAAGAAUUAGAGCAGCUGUUCUUAGACGUACAAGGGGUAGUAGUUCUCAGUUGGAAAUGAAUGUAGCUACAAGAACUUCUUCGCAGACCUCGCGAAGACUUCGGUCAACAACUACGACAACAACAACAACUACUACGACAAAAACUAGACGUACGGUCGCCGAAAGGAAUCAAAGGAAUAGUGGCGUAUCAAGGACAAGAAAGCGACGUAGGCGUCGCAAGCCAGGCAGGCGACGUACAUACGUUGUUGAAUACGAUUUGAAUAAUUUCGAUGAAAAAUUUGCUAUUAAGACAACAAAAAAAAUUAUUCGAAAGCGGAGGCGAAAGAUCCGCUCAAAACGUAAAGCAAAAGCGGCAAGCAAAAGCUUAGCUGAACAGUUUGGUGUGAAAAAGGACGUAAAAUAUACGUCUCAGCUCUCUGGCACUGGUGCUACAUUUUCUCUGUUUGGGAGUCGUAAUGAUUUGGAAUAUUUCUCAGACAGUGACAAUGGCGAAGAUAUCGAAAAUGAAAUACACAUUGAAAGUGGCCCAGGUAUGGCCGUACAAACUUCGGUACGUGUAUCUUGUAAUGCCCCCUACAGAAACCGUAAAGGUUUAUUGCUUAGAAGUUUAAUGGGAAAUCAAACAUCACGUCCGGCCUGCUUCGCUCCAACGACUAACAAUUCCGAUAUACUGUCUAGUAUAAUUAAUAUGCAAGAUCGAUGGCAUAACGCGAGUCGUAACUUAGAGAAGGUACAUAUUAAUCCCGAUGGAACUUUGAACUUACCGAACGCACCUGAAGAUCGGGGAAGCACAGCACCACUCGCAACAGCGAUUGAAAUUGAUAGGACGAAUAUUCCGCGUAAUCGUCCUGAUGCAAAUGUUGUUACCGAAGCCCCUUUAUAUUCACGCGGAGGAGGAAAUGCCAGUUUUAACAAUAGUGGCGGUGGAGGUUAUAACAAUCGUUACAACAAUAACAAUAACAGUAGUAGCAGCGGUCAGAAUUAUCGGGGCGGCAGUACUGGUAGUGGAAAUCAAUAUAGACAUUCCACUGGUGGAGUGGGUGCUGCAGGUGGAGUAUCAAAUUUCCAUAUGGUAGGACGAGGCAAUUUUAACUUUAGCAAUAAUCCAAACUAUAAUAACCCCAAUCAAAAUCAAAUUACAUUUUCACCGUUUCCACUGCGCUUCCAACAACGCAAUCAACAAAAUAAUCAACGUAAUAAUAAUCAACAACGUAAUUCUUUACCAUUCAUAAACAAUCGCAACAAUGAGCGCAAUGACUCCACACAACACCAACAAAAUAAUCGUUUUGUUGUUAAUAUACCGUCAAAUUUACCACCGCCGCCUAUACAACAAUUAGGACUUCAGCAAAAUAUAAACGCAUCCAAUGAUAACAGUUUGUUUGCCGGCCUACCGCCGCCCGUGUGCGGACCACCACCAGGUUUACCGCCAGCCGCAGCUAUUGCAUUACCUACGCCCGUUUUGAUGAGUGUACCGCCACCGCCCGCGCCGCCACCAGUUGUCGCGUCUUUAAAUUUCUCUGCUGGGCCAACUUCUUUGUUUCAACUAAAUUCGGAUUAUGGUAACGACGAUGACGCAUCCAAUUGUCCAAACUUUUCAGUAUACUCUCAAGAAUCGCAAGAAGUAGCGAAAUCAUCUGAAAACAAUUCAGUGAACGAAGCAGCCACUCAGGCUAAGGAAGACGAUGAGAACGAAGAUUUAGUACAAUUAGAUGAUGAUGAUGAAAUACCAAUGCCGCCCGAACCUAGUCCAAGAGAAAAACAAAACUCGAUCACAGCCAAUAAAGCAACAGCAACAACAACAGCAACGGUUCGAAAUUCAGAAUUAUAUGAACCGGAAAAUCCUACAGAAGAAAUUGACGAAGAUACAAAUGAAAAUUUUCAAGGUACGGAAAAAGCUGUUGAUCGUGAAAUUGAGGGUGAGGGCGACGAUGACGAUGAUGGUGACAAUAAUGAUAAUAAUAAUAAUAAUGAUGAAAAUACAAAAAUUACAAAUGCGGUUAUAGAACCUGAUCGUGAUGAUGACAGUUCAUCAUUAGAUAGUGAUAACGUCAUCAUAAUAGAAAAUGAGACUAUAUUUAAAUCGAACGAGUCUAAGCAAACGCGUUCAGAUAAAGACAUCGGUCAGUCGGCAGUACGGGCUCCAUCGCUAAGCUCUGCAGCUUCAGAUACGCGUGCACUCGAAACGGAAGUAGUUGCCUCAAGUCGAAAGGGGGUACUUGAUUUAUAUGAUGAUAGUGAUUGGGAAGAAUUAGAUAUAGAACGACCAAAAGGUUAUGAUAAAAUUGUAUCACCUAAUAAUAACACUACAGCAAACAUUUUAGCACACACUGACAGCGACGAGAACAAGAAAAAUCCUGAACAAGAUCGUUCGUAUACACCUUGUUUGGAUGAAAAGAAUGAAACUGAAGAGUCCGAUCAAGGCGGCGGUGCACCCGUUCCCGAACAACUUCCAUCUGAGGCGGCAAGUCCCGAAAUAAUUAAACUAGAUGAAAAAGUCAACGAGGAACCUAUCGAUAACAUGGAUACUGAAAUGAUAUCUGACGACGAAGAUGAAAAUGAUCAAGAUCGCAGCAAAGAACGCAAUAAAAACAAACGGCAAGGGGGCGAUAAACGCAACAAAGAUAAUGUUGAGACGUUUAAAAAAGUGAGCGGUAAACAGAAAGAACGUAACUAUCGUGGUGACAAACAACAGUACUAUAAGCGAUCGGAUAAAAGACGCAGAACGAAGUCACCUGUAAGAUCACGUUCGCGUUCAUAUAGAUCAAAUCGGUCUAGAGGUAGAUCUCGAUCAAGAUCACGUUCAAUACGUAAUCGGGGUAGGGGUAGAUCACGAAGUAGGUCCAACAAUAAAGAGAAUCAAAAUCGUUGGGGAGGGAAUCACAGAGACGGUGGUCGAGAAGGAGGUCGUUUUUCUAGAGGUCAACAACGAAAUAAACGACGAGAAUUACCUCGCUAUGACGUGCGUAAUGUAGUUGGUCAACAUUCACACAGAGCGAUUAAAGACCGUUACGGUCGCGAUACUUCUCGACCUAGAAGGAAUAGCCGGUCAGUUAGUAGAGGACGAAGAGCCUUGCCCAACAGGCUGUCAUAUUCUCCAGGACGCUCUCGAUCACGUUCACGUUCGCGCUCUCGAUCUAUAUCUAUACAAGCUCGUCGCAAUCGUCGGCUAAGUAUUAGUCUAUCUCCAUCACCUGGGCCCACACAUCGUAAUCGCUCUCUGUCACCAUCCCCUCGGCGAUUCACGCCGAUGCGGAGACGAUCGGUUUCUCUUGAAAUUAGAAAGUCGCCAUUCCGGCCACGUUCCCGUAGCCCAUUGCGUGCAAUAAGAUCACGGUCCUUUUCUCGUGGUCCAACCCAUCAAAUGAAUGGACGUAAAAUCAUGCGCCGAUCACGUGGCAGAUCGCCAUCAUUGGAACCGCGUAAAGCAUUAAUACGAACUCGUUCACAUUCACGCUCUCGUUCACGUUCAUUAUCACCUCGCUACACUCCACGUUUAAGUCGUAGCCGUAGCCGUACCCGCACAAAAAGCCCACGCUUGAAAGGCAAAAAGAGAAAAUCAAAAGAAUCGAGGAAAAAGAAGGGUAAACGACGCAUUCCUAGCCUAACCCCUUCUCCCAACCAAAGAAUUUUACGUCAGGAGGUUUUCGAAGUGGAAAAGCCACCAAAAAAGAAACGACGUCGAACACGUUCUCCACGAAUCACAUCGCAAGUCGAGGAGCACGAAUGGUCACCGUCACCAAGCCCCCCACCAGCUAUUGCUACGGAGUAUGAUUACUCACAGGACAAAAAUAUUUCAUGGACUCCUCCCAUGCACUCUCCUCACUCUGAACAAGAUGAUACAGCCAUAGCGAUUUAUCAACCCGAUAUUAGACGAAGUGUCUCGCGAUCAAGUCGUAAAGAAAAAAGUAAACGCACUAAAAAGAAGAAAAAAGGUGAAAAACGACGAGAAAUUCGCAAAGAAAAAAAACGCAAACGACGUACCGAAACUCCCGAACCUGUCCCAUCCAAAGAAGUAUUUGCCUCUGGCAAUAAUAUUCUUGUUAGUGUUAGUUUCAACAAAGAAGUUCCUUCGACCCAACAACAUGUACCACAACAAACAAUUGUUACAUUACCACCAAAUCGCGAGGACUUACUCUCGAACAGACGCAUAUCGAUUGAUAGACUUACGAACUGUAGUACGAAUACAAAAAAACGUAAAGAGAAACGGAAAAAAAUCGAUACCAAGCCCAUCGCAAUUAUAGAUUUAGAGAGGUCUCCUUUUCAAGUUCAUCAAGAACCCACGGAUGUCAUAGUUCUAACGGACAGCGAAGAUAAUCACGAAAGUCAACGUGAACAUAGGCGAGAAAGACGGAGAAGUGAAUCCAGCCCCAAGGAAUUGGAUGAAACACAUCGUAAUCAAAGGGGGGAUGCCAGCGGAGGUCAAUGUUCGGAUCAAUCACCUGAGAGAUUAGAUGCAAUACAUGAAGAAUCCUAUGAUAUACCACAAACUGGACCUAAAACACCCCCAGAGCCACCUCUGGUGAAAUUUAAUUUGCAACCGAAGAAACAAAACAAAGUGCGAAAUCCUCUUCACGAAGACGAUGACGAUGAUUUAAAUUCCGAUCCGUGUUUGGACGACCAUGCGCAGCAACAACAACAGGAUCAACACCGUCAAGAUAUAGAAUCUCUGCAUGGUCAAAGUAAUCAGAAAAUCGGGCCCAAUACACCACCAGAAUCAGGCCCGUGUUCGCCAGAUGCAUACGAUCCUUUCGAACCGACUAAGUCUCCCUCAAUAUCACCACGCUCACCGACGCCACCGCCCACGCAACUUGAUGUUUCACAAAGUGCAAUGUGCGAAAGUGUAGAAUCCAGUCAAAAACAUAUUGCCACAGUCGACGAUCAACGUAGAGAUCAAAUACCAGGUAUAGGCAGCGGUGGACCGCAAGGUACUUCACUUAAUCCCGUCGAUUUGGUUAUGGCGCUGAUGAAUUCUAAAUCAACAGCAAACAACAGCCAGGAUCUUGCAAAUAAAUCAAAUGAUUCACAGUUUACUAAUAGCAUAAGUUCCGUUAACCCACAUGACGAGUCUAUGCGCGAUAAAAGUGAUGAUACAAACGCAAUUACCGUUCUCUCAAACGUUUUACUAUCCUCCGGCAACGUUCAACAUAUACCUAGUAUCUCUAGUCCGACACCGCCGACUAUGCCCAAAAAAAUGUUCUCAAUCCCGAAAAUUGGGGGCAGCGGUGGUGGGAGCAGUAGUAGCGGUGCGAAUAUACGAAAUGGUGGGGCAGCAUUAAAUGCUGAUGACUCUUUUAACCUAAACGAUAUUGAGAGUCCUUACUCACCGGGCUCGGCCGACUAUGAAGAUCUUUUCGAACCGCCGCCAGAUAAUAGCAAUAUUAAGCGACGUAGUUCGAAACGAACUGGAAACGUGGGUGCAAGUGGAAAGCCGGACGUAUUUGAUAAUCUUUUCGGUAGCUCCUCACCCAUAGCUCACGCUCGCUUGCCUCCGUACACUCCGUCUAAAAAACACAAAAACGCAGCUGCUAUUAUGGGAGCAUCAAGAAAGUCAAAAAUCAAAGUAGGAAAAUCUGAUGACCUGAUUAAGGUGUAUGAUGAUGUGCCCAACUCUGCCGUUGAACUGCAGGUUAAAGACAAGUUUUUGCGCAAAUUAAAUCGGCAGGAGCGCGUAGUCGAAGAAGUGAAAUUAGUGUUGAAACCGCGCUUUAAUAAAAAACAAAUAACUAAAGAGGAUUACAAAGAAAUAAUGCGACGUGCGGUACCCAAGAUUUGUCAUAGUAAGUCGGGUGAAAUUGAUCCUCAUAAGAUCAAAAAUUUGAUUGAUGCGUAUGUGAAAAAGUUUCGAGCAAAACACAAGAAACUGAAUUUGGCCAAUACGGGCCAAGUAAGCAGUGCCGUUAAAUGUGCCGCAUACUUAAAGAAACUUUAAACAGAAAAAAAAAUCAUUGAAAUUUCAAAAAUGUUUUUUAAAGUUUAAAAUUUUGCUCACUCACUUAUAUGCAAUCUACACGGAACACGCAACAUAAUGAUGGCGAAUAUUCUUAUUUAUGCUCUAACAACACCAAUCACAGCAAUUAACAAAAUAAUGCACACAAUUUAUUAAUAUGUGACUGAAGAGACAAAUUUUUUUCAACAUAUGAUGGUAGCCUUUCCGAUUGUAUAUGAAAUAAAUUAUAUAUAUAUAUAUAUAUAUACAUAUAUAUAUACUUAAACACAUACAUGCAUUGCAUGGAGUUAAUAUUUUUAAAAUGAAUGAUCAUUUUACGGAAGAAUGAAUAGCUUAUGUCAGUUAUCCUUAAGUAUUUAAACACACGAUUAAUAGAAGGUCAUAAAUUAUAUUAAAUAGCCAUAGCUACAUAUGUUUUUUUCUCCUCAUCUCCUCAAAUUGAAAAAAAUCGAUCCGAAUUGUGAUUACAAUUUCAUCAUCAUUUUCAUUCAACUUUAUAAUCCUGUUAAUUUCUGAAUUGACGUAAGAUGUGGUAAGUGGAUAUCUAAAGAUAAGGAAUUUUUCAAUUCUCUUUUUCAAACUUAACUUUGAAAAUUAUUAAGUCGUUUGCUUUUCAAUACUUACUAUUGGUGGACAAUUUUUGAUUUAUACUUAUGUCGGCUUAUAGAGCGUAAAGCGAUUUUAAUUAACUCUUAGAAGAAAAUCGAUUUUCUAACCUAAUAUAGGUUAAUUGCGAGCAAGCUUUGAAUUCUUAAAUUCUUAGAGUUAAACUCGUAAUGUCUCUAUAAUGUAAAAUGGAAUUGCUUUCAAGUUCCUAAAACUCAUAAUGUGCCUAUGAUGUAGGAAGAUAUUGCCUUGAAGUUCCUAGAACUUGUACUGUGCUUAACAUGUAGGAUGGAAUUGCUGUAAAACUCACUACUUCUGUCGAAGAAAUAUUGCAUCAUUAAUCGUUUUCAUACUUUCCAAAGUAAUAGCUGGCGCCGACUAAAAAUCAGGAGAGAAAUUUUAAAAGAGUAGAUACGAUGAAAAGGCAACUACCCUUCAAACAUUCUUGUAAGCAAACUUUCAUCUUAAAUUAUCGACCUACAGCUUUUUUUUUUUGUCACGUGUCAUAUGCUGCCCAUAUAUCAAAAACCUUCUUUAGUUUUCUUACAAAAGGCUUCUGGGUAGUUUUUAAUUUCUAAGAAAAGCAUUGUGAUUGUAGGAGCCGUAAAGAGGCUUUGUCGAAACCUUCAUUUCAAUAUGGCGUUAAAAUGCAAGAUGUUUACAAGAUACGGGAUCAUAAGGCAGACAAAAGUGAGAAAGCAGAAUUCGAUUGCAAAAAGUAUUAGGCCAAUAGUCUCCUGACUGACCUCUCUAUUCUUCUGAAGAAUCACGAGAUCUGUAAGAAGAACUUGCAAAAUCUAGAUACCUUUAUUAGAUUAACAAAAUCAAUCUUUGGAGUUAUUUAAUAUAAAGUUUUCUAUUGAACUUUUCCUUUCCAACAGCGCAUUGUUUUUAAGGCUGCCUGCAAACCUUCCGAAGACUUUUCGUUGAUUGUAGCUGUUGCCAAACUACUUGUACGCAUGUGAUGAUAAUCUUGCAACAAACUCUGCGCACUCCUAAUAGAUCGCUGGCACAGCUAGGUUAUUAUUAUGGCUCUUAUCAUUAUACUUAAACAUGUUUUUCCAACGCCCUGUCAUGGUUGGUUUUUAUAGUCGGAUAUAAAUUCGUUCAGCAGGCAUCUUAUUUUGAGUAAAGUUUUUUAUUAAAAAAAAUUUUUUUUAAAGACGAUUCCGUAUUACUCAAAUUUUCUUCUUUCCAAGUCUAAUAAAAAAUUUGUUAAAAUCAAUUUUUCAGUUGGUCGCCUAGAAGUCAAGACUGACUAAUGAGCAAUACUCAUUGCGAUAUUACAGAUAAUUUGUUUACUCUAUUCAGAGGUAGAUUAGGUGUUAUACUUCAAUGAUUUUAUAAGUCACAGAGAGAGCUGUUGUAACGUUCACGCCGAGUGGGACAGAGUGAAAAGUCUAUUAAAUGGUUUAUAAGUGCAUUUAGUUUUUAUUUGAUUUAAUUUUCUGAAACCAAAGUCUCAAACGAACGUAUAUAUAGUUGCUCUGGUGGUAUAAAUGCAAUUUGAAGUCCAAACUAAAGAAUGGGUUGAUUAGUUAUGAGGGCAACGUGCUAAAUUAUUUCAUUUUAUAGGUCACGGAUAAGUCGGUUGUAACUCUCUUCAAUAGAGCUACCGAAAAAUUUCGCAAAGUUCUGAAAGCUUAUCGCAAUCCCUUUUCCUCUUUGAAUAGA